AUGCAGGCUUCAAAAAGCUCCUUAGCACUGGUUAAAUCUCUACACCUACAGUUGCUACGCCCUGGCCUACCCCAGUUGCGCCGGAUAUCCUCACAAAGUAGCACAACAGCCGAGCCGCAACAGGACUCUAAAUCCCACAAAACGAUCCUUUCCGAAGAGCAGAGAAAGUUCCUCGAUGGCGCCCUACGCGUCAACCAGGCUGGGGAGCUCGCAGCAACUCUCAUAUACACCGCGCAGACACCGCCCGUCGUGAAGGCACAUCCACAUCUUCGACCACUCAUGAAACACAUGUAUGACCAAGAAGCCGGGCAUUUCAAGACCUUUAACGAGCUUCUUGCAAAGCAUCGAAUCAGACCGACUGUUAUGUAUCCGGCCUGGGAGGUCGCGGCGACCGUACUUGGGUGGACGACUGGCAUCAUGGGAAGAGAGGCCGCAAUGGCAUGCACCGAGGCCGUGGAGACAGAAAUUGGGAACCAUUACAACGGGCAGGUGCGGGAGUUGGUCAAAUGGAUGCAAGAGCUGAAAGAAAGGGGCGAGGAGCUUGAUCCGGAGCUCAAGGUUCUGAUCGAUGAUAUUAAACGGAUUCGCGAUGAAGAACUGGAGCAUCUAGAUCAUGCUGUGAAAAAUGAUGCCAAAGAAGCACAGCCAUAUGAGCCCCUUACAGAUAUCAUUCGGUAUGGCUGCAGAGGCGCCAUCUGGAUUAGUGAGCGAAUAUGA